GUUUUACAUAAAUACAUACAGAUAAUAAUUUGUGUUUACAUAUUUUUUGAGAAUAACAAAGAGGAAAAUUCCAACUUCUAUUUAACUUUUUAUGUUCAUAUCUGAUCGCGUUUGUCGUACUAAUAUAUUGGUGGUUGGUGUUUUUUGCUAAUGGAGGAAAAUACUCAACUAGCAAUUCUUGAGAAGGUUUAGAAAAAGGACUGAAUCGAUUAUUUGAUUACUACCCAGAUUAUUUCUAAUUGGAAUAUUAUUUUGCGUUAAUGCUGGAAAUAAAAUGUCGGAACGACAGCCUCUAUUGCGAUCGGAAAGUAACGAUCUCGGAAGCAGCACCCUUCCAAGACCUGACGUACGCAAUUCCCCAGAAAAUGUGCUGGUUAACGUUCAGAGCGAAGUUGCUCAAGGAGAAAAUACGGACAGUUUAGUACAACCCGAUUACAAUCCUUCAAUGCACAGAAGUUUGGAGCACCCAACAUCAAAUUUGGAUACAAUGAUACAUUUAUUGAAAGGAAAUGUUGGUACUGGUAUUUUGGCAAUGCCAGAUGCAUUCAAAAAUGCAGGUUUAUAUAUGGGAUUGUUCGGUACCUUAAUAAUGGGAGCUGUAUGUACUCACUGCAUGCACAUGUUGGUGAGAUGUUCGCAUGAAUUAAGUCGCAGAAUACAACAACCUUCUUUGAGUUUUUCGGAGGUAGGCUAUUGGAGCUUUGAAACUGGUCCAUGUACAUUAAGACGUUAUGGAUAUGUCGCCAGAAAAAUGAUAACAACUUUCUUAUUUAUUACUCAAAUUGGAUUUUGCUGUGUUUACUUUCUUUUCGUCGCGUUGAACGUAAAAGAAGUUAUUGAUCACUAUUUUAUAAAGCUGGAUGUCCGAAUUUAUUUAAUGUUAGUCUUAAUACCUAUGGUACCACUAAAUUUAGUGAGGAAUCUCAAAUAUUUGACUCCUGUUUCGCUUUUUGCUGCAAUACUCACAGUAACUGGUUUGGCGAUAUCAUUUUUUUACAUGCUGCAAGAUUUGCCAAGUGCAGAUACUGUAAAACCUUUGGCUUCUUGGUCUACUUUGCCACUGUAUUUCGGCACGGCCAUAUAUGCUUUUGAAGGUAUUGGAGUUGUUUUACCAUUAGAAAAUAAUAUGAAGACGCCAGAAGAUUUUGGAGGUAUGACUGGAGUCCUAAAUACCAGCAUGGUAAUUGUUGCUACUUUGUAUACAGCUGUUGGAUUUUUUGGAUACUUGAAAUAUGGGGAUGGUGUUAAAGGCAGCAUUACAUUAAAUUUGCCCCAAGACGAAAUACUAUCUCAACUAGUACGAGUGGCAAUGGCCGUUGCAAUAUUUCUUUCGUACUCUCUGCAGUUUUACGUUCCUGUGAACGUAGUGGAGCCAAUUAUUCAAAAUCAAUUUGAUACCACACGAGCAAGAGAGCUGGCAAGUACAUCAACCAGAAUAGCAUUGGUAACUUUUACAUUUAUAUUAGCAGCAUGUAUUCCAAAUCUUGGUCCAAUAAUUUCUCUUGUUGGUGCAGUAAGCAGUUCCACUUUGGCCCUCAUUGCUCCUCCGGUUAUAGAAAUAAUCACAUUUUGGCCCGUCGGUUUCGGACGCUACAACUGGAUUAUGUGGAAAGAUAUAUUUAUUCUAAUAUUUGGAUUGUGUGGAUUUUUCUUCGGUACUUAUGCCAGCAUUGCGCAAAUAUUAAAUCCGAGUGCCGAUUGAAUAUAUUUAUUAAUAAAAAAAAUAAUGCAGUUUCAGCGUGAUUACCAAACCAAUAGUAGUAACUUUUUUAAUGUUUUUAACUUUUAUUUUGUUUGCGAUCAAUGUCUAUAUUUUUGAUUAAUUAUUUGAUGGAAUAAGAAAAACAGUUAUUAUGGCUCUAUUACAACAAUUUCGUAAAACAUUCCCAAUACUAUAGUCUUUAUUUGUGUCCCAAAGUAGCUAAAACCAUUUUACCAAAAUUCUACUAAGUAUAAUACAUAUGUUUGUGUUUUGUAACAGAGGCUGUGUCCAUGCAAAUGUAAUAUUUAAGUGAACAUAUUUACAUUUAGUUGAAAUUUUGUAUUAUACCCUGCAUCACACUGUAGUAAGGUUAUUAUGUCUUUGUGUAUUUUUUGCAAUAUGCAGAAGUAAACAGGAAGACUCAUAGUUCCUUUUGAUGGUAUCUGUGUCGAUUUAUGCAUGCCCGUCCGUCUGUCCUUGUAUUUUUGUAAACAAAUUUUAUGUUUUCAUCAUAUGCAUGAAUCAUAUGUUUUCACAAGGACGUACCCUAUUGAAGUCGGUGAUAAUCGGUCCUAAUUUAGAUAUAGCUCCAAUAUAUAUUUUCAUCCGAUGUGUGAUAUUAACCCAAAGACCGAAAAUGGCCUAGAUUGAAGUGCAUCAUUUUUUGGAAGAAAAUGCUACAGCUCCAAUGCAUACGUUUCAUCCGAUUUGAUAUUUCAGUCUCUUACAAUAUUCACUCCAUAACAUUGAUUUUCGGUAAAAAAAAAUCAAAACCAGCUAAGAAAUAUCGAGAUCGAAUCAGAUUUGGAUAUAGCAUCUUUACAUAUUUAUAUUGGAUGGAUAUUGAAACACACGAAGCAAUUUAGCCCAGAUGUAACUUUAUAAAAUUUGGCGAAAAUCGGUUUAGAUAUAGCUAGAGAUUCUAUAUAUGUGUUUAAUCCAAUACGAACGGAUUGUUGUCCCCUACAACCCUACUAUGAAGUUAAUAACAAUUAUUCAUUUUAAGAUAUCAGACGCCGCUCAAAAAUGGCUCUGCCAAAUUAAAAUUUACUCCGACCAAACCGUAAUAUGCACUUCUUAACAUUUUUGGCAUGCGAUAUUAGAUACAGCUUGCCAAAACUUGUCGAUAUCAACUCAGAUUUGGAUAUAGCUGCCACAUAUAUUUUUAUCCAAUUUUAUUAUUAUUAUUAUUAUAAUUUUUUUUUGUUCACAAAAGGGGUGGAUAUUGCACAUACGACCAAAUUUGGCUAAGAAAUGUGUCAAAUUUGAUGAAAACUGGUUGAGAUAUAGCCAUAGCUCCAAUAAAUAUGCUUCAAACGAUUUUCUUAAGGUCUUAUCAAUUUCAUAACAACGAUCAUAGUUCGCAUGAUUUGCUAUUUGCUCCCUAUAUAAAAGUUUAUAUAUUAAAUUAUCAUACAGUCGGUCGGUAAAUUUUGUAUUUUAUUUACUGGUUUUUAAUUCAAAUUAAAUUUCAGAUCCGAGUUUUAAAUAUCAUAGACUUAUUUAUAUACAUAUAGACAAAUAAUUCUUACAAUGCUUAUCUGCACACAUUUUUCGUGAUAAUUUCCCUCGGUUUAGAAAAAAGUGCUUUUCUAUAGAAUUGCAUAUAAAUGUGCAUUUCUCGAUUACAUCGAGUGGUUUGCUGUUAAAAUACAAGAAAUCUCUGUUUCUAAACAUAACGACUCUAUAAUAUCCUUGAUAUAUGUACCUGAUUUGUCAUUCUUUUCAUGUGUGUUUUAGAAAUGUUUAUAUUUUGCAUACAUUAACAAUUUUUCAUUUAUAAAAUUGUUUUAGUUUUAUUGGUUUCACACAUGGUAAAACACCAGCAACAUCGGUGAAAAUUACAACAAAGCAUCUUUUGUUGGUACUUUGUAUGUCAAAAUUGUAAGCAAGACAAAUUUACUUGACACAUUAAAAUUGACCCAAAUUGUAUUGCAUAAAUCAGAACAUUGAUUUUUGAAAUAUUAACAUUUUUUUGUUAAAUCGUAAACAUUUUAAUUUAGCAUAGAGAAUGUGUGCAUAGAGUAUACUGUUUUACCUGGCACCUUCAUUUAUGAACAAUCUCCAAAUCGUACAGAAAUGUGGGAAUGAAAUUGCUUCAGGUAUUACCGAUCAUGGAUAUAUUAAGAACAUUGCAAACUUAUUUUACACCUCAUCUUGCAAUUGACUUUUUGUUGUGAAUAUUGGUUUACACUUUAUGAGAAAAUUCUGGCCGCCCGGACAAAUUCAAUUUCAAUUUGGGCUAGUUACUCUCCAAAUGAGGCAUAUUUUAUGCAGUCACAAUACUGGCAAGCUACCCAAUGCGAAAGUACUUCACUGACAAUUCUGCUCCUCGUACAUAAACAUUAUAGGAAAGUCUUUGAAGAUUGUUGAACUCUAUCCGGAGAUUCGAAGAUUACUGUAUCUCUAGAAAUGUUUAGCAUGGUCCGUGUUCUGAUUUCAUAGCACAUAAAAAGUCAGACUUACAAAAAUUGUUUCUAUUUAAUUUCAGUUGUCUUAUUUAAAUUCUUAAAUUGGUCAAUAUUUUUUUAUGUGCAUAUGUGUGGCAUUUUCAAAUUCCAACACAUUGAUAAUCGUAGUGUACCGCAGUAGUGUAUCGGAAAAUCAAAAAUAACGUUCUGGUAGUACACCACAGAUGUACAUUUUAUGAUUUGUGAAAAAAUAUUAGGUGUUUUAUUUCUUGUAUAUAAAUGUAAGCAUAAAAAAUAAAACUCAAUAGUGUAAAUUGAAUGAAUAAUUUUACCUAUGCCUGCAUUUUAAAUAUAUUACAAAAUUUGAAAAAAAUUUGCGCAAAAUGUGGAAACAACAGAUUAGUUAAAAACAUUAUACAUCGUAUCAGGAUUUGUUCAAACUUCGAAUGAUCAUCACUACUUGUAUUACACGAGAAGUGGUAGAUGGUAGUAAAUUUGAUAUAUUUUGUAUUGGGAGUUUUGCUGAGGAUGUAGCGAGUAUUUGACUGUUCGUAAAGCCAUUCGUAUGAAUAUAUAGGAAUAGAAAAACUUUGUGUCAUGUGUGCGAUAACGCGUCAAAGUGUGACAACAUUUUAGAGUGAGUUGACUCAAUGUCAUUGAUCGCCAUUUCAAAAUCGACUUACGUUAUUCUUUCACUGUUUGUAAGAUAUUAGAUCCGUUGUCGGUUGUAAUAGUCAAACUGUUGCGUGCAUUAACCAUAUUUGUUAGGGACAUUCAAUGUAAGAGAUUUUGUAUAUUCAACGGUCUAAGUUGACUUCACCUAUUUCACUGCAAAAAAGGUCUUAAUAAACCGUUCAAAUCCAAAAGGAGGAGGAGGAGAACAGUAGUUAGAGUCAGUAAUGAUUUGUGUGUUUUCAACAACUUUAAUUAAAAUAGUCUUUCAUUCAGAAUUUUGAAUUCCAAAAAUGUUUUGAUAGUUCAUUGUACGAGCAACUUUGUUGCUCGUACAUUAUGUAUUAUGUCACUAAAAAAAUCUCGAAUAUGUGAACUAUCCAAGUAGACGUAGUUAGUCCGCUUAUAAUUGCAUGCAAGAACUAGGUUUACUGGGGUUUUAAUCAUUUUAUUACCGACAAAGAAAAUAUUUUAAAGCUUGCAGCAAAUAUAAAAGACAGCAAAAUGUGUGCUUUUUUAAAAUUGAAAAUUACAGUUUAGGCAAUUAACAGAGGAGGCAUGAUUGUUAGAAUAAUAUGAUUAAUAUGUCGAUUUUGCUCUUGCGUCGAAUUAAUCAUUUUAUUUUGAUCAGAUUUUAUUUUGUAUUUUUUGUUUAAUAUUUUCUAAUAUUUCAAUUGUCGUCGAUAGUCAUCUUUCGGGAUAUAAUAUUUAUCUUUAUAAUCCGUGUGGAUUGUUUGAUUAAUCCCUACUUUUUUAUUUUCGAAACUGGAGCGAAAAGUGUCAAAUUGAAUGUCAAUUUUGUUAGAUUUUUGCUCUUUAAAAUAAUUUUCCGCAGAAAAUAAAUUCGUGAUUGCUCUUAAUAAUAAUAAAUGACAACAUAACGGCAAUACAAUAAAGUAAAAUGCUUUUUUUGAGAAUUUCAACAGACUUGUUUCACCGUCGAUGUUAAAAUAAGUUAUUUUCUGUCUAUGCUUAAAAUAAAUGUGUGUAUAGUGGUCAGUAUUAGUCUUUUAAAUUAUACUCGUUUCCAGCUCAAACUUAAACUGUUAUCGUAAUUCAAUCUAGGAAAAAUAUGUCUUUUCUGGUUCAAACAAUUUUGAAAUAAGUUAAUCUUUGUUGCACAACCAAUUGUAUAGCUUUUGUAAUAUUAUACCUUUGACAAUAAAUGUAUAUUAUAAAGUAAAUCUAGGCAUAUAUUAAUUAAAUACACUAUAAUUAUAUACUAUCAUAAAUGUUACAAAAACUUUAUGUAUAAAUUUAUGUUAAACUGUUCAAAAUAAAAUUAUGACAAUAAACUCAAUAAGAUCAUGAGAUCUUUUCAAACUUUA